AUGGGGUUGGAAUCACAUAGAAAGCUUCCGGUUAUCAAUUUUUCUGAGAAGAAUUUAAAGCCUGGAUCAAGCGCUUGGACAUCAACUUGCAACGAUGUCCAGCGAGCUCUGGAGGAAUGCGGUUGCUUCGAAGCAAAAUUCGAGAAAAUGUCUCCCCAGGUUUACGAGGUAGCUUUCGCCGGAGCCGAAGAGUUGUUCGGUCUCCCAACCGAGGUAAAAAUGAAGAACACCAGCAAUAAACAACCCUACUUCGAAUACUUAGGACAAUACCAAUCUCUUCCACUCUAUGAAUCAUUGGCGAUUGACCAUCCAACAUCUUUCGAUGCAACUGCAAGUUUCACCAAUCUCAUGUGGCCUACCGGAAACGAUAGCUUUCGCAAAAAUACGAACAAUCUUCUUCGAUACUUCAAAUAUAAUGAGCCUAAGAUGGAGCAGAGUAAUGCAGGUUUGUUGCCCCAUGCAGACAAAACUUUGUUUUCGAUAAUUCAUCAAGGUAAAGUCAGUGGGUUGCAGCUGAAAUUGAAGGAUGAUCAAUGGGUUGAUGUUCCACCAUUGCCAACUUCUUUUUAUUGUCAUUGCUGGAGAAGCAUUGAUGGUCAGUACCCAAUUCCCUAA